AUUUUCCAUUCCAUUCCAUUUCAACACAAUACUCUUCUCACGGAUCUUGCUCCUCUCUGCUCUCUUCUCUUCUCUUCAUAUAUCAUUCCAAUUUCCAAAGGGAUUUAAUCUUGCAAUAGCAAUUCAAAUGGCAUCUUGGAAGAAGACCAUAGCAACCCCAUUCAAGAAAGCUUGCACUUUCUUCAACAACAAUAACCAACCUGCUGCAAGGGAAAACAACAACAACAACAACAACAAUAAGAAGUCUACUCAAACAGUGGAGGAAGAGAAGAGUGUGAUGGAUCUGCAUGGAGAAGUGAUGGCGUGUGGGUAUGAAGAUGUUCGUGUAAUGUGGUCAAUAUUGGAUAAGUCAAAGUCCACAGCACCCUGCAACAUAACCUCCUCAUGACUCUUCUUCUUCAAAGAAAGUGAAGCAGCAGCUGCAAUUAGCAAGUGGUUUUUUUUGUAUGCUAAUUAAUGUAUGUAUUAUCGUACGUACUAGGUUGCUUGGUUGGUCAUGGUGGUAUGAAUGUAAUUAAUCAUCAUUGUAGAAAUCGGUUCAAUAGGGGAGGGGGUAUGAAAUGAUUGAAUCCAUGGAAAAUCAGUCAGUAUUCACUGCCCAUUUUCAUUUUUCUUUUUCUUUUGUAUUUUCAAUUCAAAGUGUUGUUUAUAGGGAAUCCGAAUCCCCGUGAUUGAUGAACAAAAAUCAUGGCGAGAUUUUAAUGGAAAAAAGAAAGUCACUUUUCAAUCUUA